GGAAACGAAAGUUAUGUUAGUCAGAGAGGCAGCCACACUGCAGCCGAGACUAGUCUCCAUUUCUGUCUACAGAAAAUACAAACUGAGUUCAUCAGAUCUUUCUCAACAACACAGCAGAGUCUCUGUCAAACACUGAUAUGGCUGCUGCAAGCUACCUGCCAUCUGAAGAUCAGUUUUUCUGCACCAUCUGUCUGGAUUUGUUCACUGAUCCAGUCACUAUACCAUGUGGACACAACUUCUGUAAAGACUGCAUCGAAGAACACUGGGAUACAAGUUACUGGUGCCAGUGUCUCAUGUGUAAUAAACAAUUCUACACAAGACCUGAGCUGCACGUUAACACUUUCAUCUCUGAGAUGGUCGCUCAGUUCAGACAGUCGGCUCAACAGAAAGCCAGCAGCAGCAGCAGCAGCAGCAGCUCAGGGCAACAAGUCUUCAAAGCAGCAGAAGUUCCCUGUGACGUCUGCACUGGAACCAAACUGAAGGCCCUGAAGUCCUGCCUGGUGUGUCUGACCUCCUACUGUGAGACUCACCUGGAGCCUCAUCUGACAAAGCCAGUACUGAAAAGACAUCAGCUGAUCGACCCUGUGGAGAACCUGGAAGACAGGAUGUGUCCGAAGCACGAUAAACCUCUGGAGCUGUUCUGUAAGACCGACCAGACAUGUGUCUGCAUGCUCUGCCAUGUUUCAGAACACAAGAUGCACAAUGUGGUUCCUCUCAAAGAAGGAUAUGAAAGAAAGAAGGCAGAGUUGGGGAAGACAGAGGCUGAAACUCAGCAGAUGAUCUGGAAGAGACAACUGAAGAUUGAGGAGAUCAAACACUCAGUGGACCUCAGUGAGAAAGAAGCAGACGGAGAGAUAGCAGAAGGUGUUAAGGUCUUCACUGCUCUGAAGAAGUCUGUUGAGAGAGGCCAGGCCAAUCUCAUCAACACGAUCAAAGCGAAGAAGAAAACAACUGAAAAAAAGGCUGAAGCUUUAAUCAAAGAGCUGGAACAGGAAAUCUCUGAGCUGAAGAAGAGAAGCUCUGAGGUGGAGCAGGUCACACACUCUGAAGACCACCUGCAUUUUCUACAAAGUCUCAAGUCCCUAAACAUUCAACACCGACAACCCUCCAAGGACUUGAGAAAAUUCCGUUUGACCCCAGCGGUAUAUGAGGAGACGGUGGUAAAGGCUGUGGCUAAGGUGGGGGAGAAGUUCAGUAAAGAGAUGAAGAAGCUGCUUGAAGCUAAAGUGAAGAGGAUCCAGAAGUACGCAGUGGAUGUGACUCUUGAUCCUGAUACAGCAUAUCCCAGUCUCAUCCUGUCUGAUGAUGGAAAACAAGUCUGUGAUGGUGAUGUUCAAAAGAAACUCCCAGACAACCCAGAGAGAUUUUCUGAUUGUAAUUGUGUUUUAGGAAAGCAGAGUUUCUCUUCAGGCAGAUCUUACUUUGAGGUUCAAGUUAAAAGAAAGACCGACUGGGAUUUAGGAGUGGCCAGAGGGUCGAUCAACAGGAAGGGAAUGAUCUCACUGAGCCCUCAGGGGGGUUUCUGGACUAUAUGUUUGAGCAAUGUAAACGAGUACAAAGCUCAAGGUGCUCCGUCAGUCCGUCUCUCUCUGAAGUCUCGGCCUCAGAAGGUGGGGGUGUUUGUGGAUUAUGAGGAGGGUCUGGUCUCCUUUUAUGACGUAGAUGCUCCAGCUCUGAUCUACUCCUUCACUGGCUGCUCCUUCACUGAGAAACUCUUCCCAUACUUCCAUCUAGGUUAUAAAUAUGGCCGUAAAAACGCUGCACCUCUGAUCAUCUCUCCUGUCAGAGUCACCUCAUUAGGCAACAACCUCAUCAAUCGAGACCCAAUAUCUCACGAGGAACAAAUGUUUUUUCUUUACUUUCACAUGUGUGUAGAUAUGGCUGCAGCAAGCUACCUGCCAUCUGAAGAUCAGUUUCUGUGCUCCAUCUGUCUGGACUUGUUCACUGAUCCAGUCACCAUACCAUGUGGACACAACUUCUGUAAAGACUGCAUCACUGACCACUGGGAUACAAAUGACAGGUGCCAGUGUCCCAUGUGUAAAGAGGCUUUUAAUACAAGACCAGAUUUGAGAGUCAACACGUUCAUCUCUGAGAUGGUCGCUCAGUUCAGACAGUCGGCUCAACAGAAAGCCAGCAGCAGCAGCUCAGAGCAACAAGUCUUCAAACCAGCAGAAGUUCCCUGUGACGUCUGCACUGAAACCAAACUGAAGGCCCUGAAGUCCUGCCUGGUGUGUCUGACCUCCUACUGUGAGACUCACCUGGAGCCUCAUCUGACAAUGUCAGGUCUGAAAAGGCAUCAGCUGAUCGACCCUGUGGAGAACCUGGAAGACAGGAUGUGUCUGAAGCACGACAAACCUCUGGAGCUGUUCUGUAAGACCGACCAUACAUGUGUCUGCAUGCUCUGCACUGUUUCAGACCACAAGAUGCAUGAUGUGGUUCCUCUGAAGGAAGCAUAUGAAGGGAAGAAGGCAGCGCUGGGAAAGAAAGAGGCUAGAAUUCAGGAAAUGAUCCAGAAGAGACAACUGAAGAUUGAGGAGAUCAAACACUCAGUGGACCUCAGUAAGGAAGAAGCAGACAGAGAGAUAGCAGAAGGAGUUCAGGUCUUCACUGCUCUGAAGGAGUCUGUUGAGAGAAACCUGAAUGAGUUCAUCCAAACAAUAGAAGGGAAGCAGAACAUGAGAAUGAAACGGGCCGAAGACUUCAUCAAAGAGCUGGAACAGGAAAUCUCUCAGCUGAAGAAGAGAAGUGCAAAAGUUGAGCAUCUCUCACGGUCUGAAGACCACCUCCAUCUUCUCCAGGGUGUCCAGUCCCUAAACAUCCAAGACCCAUCACCCACCAAGGACUGGACAAAGGUCAGCAUCCCUCCAUCAUCAUAUGAAGGGACUGUGGUGAGAGCUGUGGGUCAGCUGGAGGAGACACUCAGCCAAGAGAUGAAGAAGCUGCUUGAAGCUGAACUGAAGAGGGUCCAGAGCUACGCAGUGGAUGUGACUCUUGAUCCUAAUACAGCACAUCCUGAACUCAUCCUGUCUGAUGAUGGAAAACAAGUCAGCGAUGGUGAUGUGAGAAAGAAUCUCCCAGAAAACCCAGAGAGAUUUUCUGAUUGUAAUAGUGUUUUAGGAAAGCAGAGUUUCUCUUCAGGCAGAUUUUACUUUGAGGUUCAAGUUAAAGGAAAGACAGAGUGGGAUUUAGGAGUGGCUAGAAGGUCGAUCAACAGGAAGGGAACGGUCACACUGAGCCCUCAGGGGGGUUACUGGACUAUAUGUUUGACAAAGGGAUUUGAGUAUGAAGCUCUUGAGGAUCCUUCAGUCCUUCUCUCUCUGAAGUCUCGGCCUCAGAAGGUGGGGGUGUUCGUGGAUUAUGAGGAGGGUCUGGUCUCCUUUUAUGACGUAGAUGCUGCAGCACUUAUCUACUCCUUUACUGGCUGCUCCUUCAACGGGAGAAUCUACCCAUACUUCAGUCCUGGUCUUAAAUAUGGCCGUAAAAACUCUGCACCUCUGAUCAUCUCUCCUGUCAGAGUCACCUAAUCACUCAUCUUAUUUCAUGUAUUGAUUUGUUUUGUUGAAGGGAACAAACAUUGAUAUUUAGAGUUAUAACUGUAUAGUUUCCAUCUUGUUUUCUACAAAAUAAGUUUGCUGUGUGGUGAUUUACAUAUGGUUUAGAUUCUGUACACAACACAUAACUGGAUGAAUAAUUCUACUCCACAAUCCAAUAAUUAUCUCUUCAACACUUUAUCGUAACACAUAUGGAGAAUAUCUAUAUGAACGUUUGAUAACGCUACAGAUUUAUUAAAAAUAAAGUUGUUUCUAAUGACACCAAAUUUGUCAAGCUAUAGUUAGAGUUGAUAAUAACAUUAAAUGUAUUAUAAUCAAUUUUUAUAAAGCUUAAUUAAAGAGAAAAGCUUAUUACGUGCCUCUACUGUGUACUUAAUAACAUAUUUGUAAUAGUUAUACUGCUAGAAUCAGUCAAAUGAAGCUAAAUAAUAUGAUAAAUCCUCAUUUGUGUUAAAAAUGGUUUGGUUAAUAACUGUUAACCUCUUAAGCACGAGGGCCCCCACAAUCGGCGCAAGUGAAAUAUUUCUUUGAGAAUGUGUCUCAGGGCUUCUUAACAUUCAUGAAACCUUUUAAUGUGUAGUACCAGAUUAACGGGAAGAAUCUCAGCUAACUGAUGAUAUGAACCAUUUUUACCAAAACAAAACACAAGUCUCAUAUGAAGCGUCUAAAUGACCCCUGAGCGAAAAAAUGCAAACUGACUUUGGCACAGAACUCAAGAUAAAGAUACAUUAUUACUUAUGGUAGCUGCACAUACAAUAUAUCCGAGUAAAGCUGAGACUCCACAGAUUAUAUAGGUAUAGUAUCAUUACUGAGCGAUCCGAACUCGCGACAGGGGAAGCAAACACAGACAUCACAACACGUACCUUUACAGAGCAUUUACGGGAGAUCGUUUCAAUUUAGCUGUCAUUCUGAUCAAAAGUCGUGUUCAAUGGCAUUAAAACGAUAGAAAUGCUGCUGCGGGUUAAUCCAUAGUGUCCAAUUAAUAUGUUUGUUGCUUUGAAAAAAUUAUUUAUAAUCCAUAAUUCAAUUUUUAUGAAAAGAUCGGAGAAAAAAGAGUUAGCUGCUAAUGGUAGCCACCAGAGUGUAUGCAGCUUCUGGUUUUGGCCAUGCAUCACUCUCACUCCUUAUUUGGUAACGUGUGUGUGUGUGAAACUUUCCCUCGAUUCCAUUGGCUCUAGCGGUUAUAAAGAGAUGUCAUUCAUCAAUAUCAACCAAGGGGGGGCAGAGAUAUGGAAAAUCCACCCAAAUGACUCCAAAAGUGUUUUUUUGUUGCUAAAUCUCUCUAAAAAGGCCAAAUUUCACUUGUUUUGCAUCAAUCUUGAUAGUGUUCAAUCUGAAUUUACUUUAAAAUAAAAACAUCUCUAUUGAUUCUGACACUUCUACAUCCAACUCACAGAUGUAACCUUGCUUUGAGAAAAAAGAUUAUUAAUUUAACCCUUUUAGAAGGGAAGGGAAGGUAUGGUCAUUUGUUCUGGGAAUGUCAUUUUCGAGCCUGAGACCUGAAAAACAGGCUCAGUGCUUAACAGGUUUUAACUUGUAUAUUUACAUGCCAGGUUUUAUAUUGAUUACUGGUAAAAUGGCUUAUGAAUCAAAGACAUCUGUAAAUAUGUGAUUGCGAGUUAUGAAAACAGUCAAAUAAACUAGAUGUUUGAUCUGAGAAAGCAGGGACUCGAGCACUAAACACUGAACAGGAAGGUCUGGAUUACACAUCGUUUGUAUUUCAAGACACAUUUUCUGUGGCUAAUUCACACAAAAAAUAGAGCUGAUGGCUUUUUUUGUGAAGAGCUUGUAGGAUGAAAUGUUUGUUUCCACUAGCAGUGAUUGGAUAUUGGCUGUAGAGCAGAAAACAGUGGGGGUGAUAUCAGUGAGGUAGCAUUCACUUUGAUGAGUGAAGGCAGUCACUAUAACACUAAAACUACUCUUUACAAGGAAGUAUUAAUGCCAACAACUAAUAUAAGGAAAAAUAGGGUUUGAUUUAAUAACAAUUUUUAAGGAUAUAACAGUUGGACUUAAGACUUACCAUUUGCUUCCUGUAGUUUUGCCAUAUUUGUAUAAAACUAGUUUCCCCCUUUGUGAUAUAAAACGCUGAAUCAACAUGAUGUCCUACAUUUGUUUGCAUUGUGUCAACACACACUUAUGUGUGUUUGUUGUGUGUGGUAGAAACAACUGGGUGAAAUGUGAUGAGGGUCACAUGACUAAUGGGGGUUGGCAAAAAGCCAGAAUACACCUCUUCCCAGGUUCUCAGUUUUAACUCAUCAUGCAUACACAAAACCCUCCUUUUCUCAUACUUUGAAAAAAUGCCUUUUCAAAUGAUUUCAAUCCCAGCACAUUUUAUAAUCAACAAUAACUCAAUGUGAAACGGAUUAAAUAUGUUGUCUUUCAUAACAAAAUAAAAAUAAUUUCAAGGUCA